AUGGCGCUGGUAGAGCCGCUAGUUGGGCAUCUCCUCUCCAAGUACAAGGAAACUGUGCUGGAGGGACUCUCAAAGAUUCGCCAAAUCCUGCAGGCCGGCGGCGAGCAAGCGAAUGAGCUGGCCGUAGUCAUGUCUCAGCGAGAAGAAGCGCUGCAAGCGCUCCGAGCAACUCUCCUCCGUCAGGAGUACUUUGUGCCGACGCUGCAGACGCUGACGGUGGUAUUGACUCAGUUGGUCGAGCGAGGCAACCGCGUCGCCCUCGCGCGCGAGGUCCUGCGCGGGGACUGCGCGGCGCUAUUCCGCAAGACACUUGCCACGCUCUCCGAUGCCACCCUUACCCACGUAACCGCUGCAUUACAGUUCCUGACAGUAGCCGUGAGGGACGCGCCACUGCUCGUGCUAGCGCGCCUGCGCAGUCCUGCCGAUAGCCACUCUGCACCUGCAGCCGCGCACGGUGCCUCGAUGGUCCCGCUCGCACCAGUUGGCACGCAGCGCCGUGCCGACGUCCCAUUGCACCUCGCCGUCUUUCGCCUACAGCUGACCUACAAUCAACGCCGCAUUCGCCUCACGCGGCUCGGCUUCCUGGUGGAGCUUCUCACGUCGCCGAUGCACAACGCCGUCGUAGACACUAUCUGCAGCCACGGCAUCCUGACGCACCUCCUCGAGGACGCUGCUGAGCUUUUGCGCGAAGGCACAAGUGCGGGGACGGUGUGUGCUCUCAGAGCCCUGCGAGUUGUUCGCGAGCUCUUCGUGCAAAGCCGCCACAUCACGGCGGAGCAGAAGCGCCGCGUCUUGCUGGGGCAGCGCAACGUUUUCCGGCUGCUUGUGCGGGCGCUGGAAUUCGACCCUGUGGCAGACAACGCCACAGCCAUUUUGUAUGCCAUCGUCGACGAGACUAUUGAGUCACCAGCUGACUACGCCAGCACGCGAGUGGAGUCCCUCGAGGAUCAGGGCAUGCCUAACUACCUCCUCUUCUUCCUGCUGCGCCAGCUGCGGCCCAAGACAAGCGAGCGCAUGUCGCGGCUUGCGCUGCACGUUCUCCAGCGCGCCCCAGACCUUCUCCGGCCCUACUUCAUUCGGAUCUCCGGUCACCUCUCAGAGGAAGGCAACUCGCACGGUGUGGCGCCGACGACGUCGCGAGUCGCAGUUCUCAAUCUCAUGACGCGCAUAUUUCUGUGCCCAAUGCCGUACCACCUCGCUGCAAAGCAGGUGCGGCUGGUGUCGGUUGUGGCCAAGACGUCCACCUUCUACACCAUGUGCCCCCGUGACGUGACGGACGAAAUUUGCCCUGCGUGGGUCGCUGAGUAUGUACAUCGCCUCAUCAAUGGCUCUACAAACCUGCUGAUGCUCACGCUGGCCAUGCAGCUGACACAGGCGGCGCUGAUGCGAGCAAAGCGUGUGCUGCCUCUCGUGCUCGCGGUUCAAAUCGCCGCGAAAGCAAAGAAGACAAGCGCUGCUGGGGACGCAGCUGCCGGCAGUAGCGCCAGAGAGACAGUCUUCUCGCUGCCUAGCCCGCGCAACUUCACCGAGGCGGAUCUCGACAUUCUGCAGGGCCGAGACGACGCCGAGGCGGAGGUGUGGGACGCGUACAACGCCCAGGUACUCCACCACCUGCAGGCGGCGCUGCCAAGCCGUGAAGAGUUUUGGCAUCGCAUGACGCAGCAGCUCCACCGCACUCUCACUGCCGCGGCCUCGGCCUCCACGUCGUCAACGACAUCGCCUUCAGCUGCUGCCAUUGACGCGAUCCUCGUGAAGACGCAUGUCACGGUGCAGCGUAUGCUGCUCCUCAUGAAGAAUUAUGUUGAUGUCUUUGACGUGCGUGUGCCGUGGCUGAGCGCCGUGCCGACGUUUCUACCUGACCUUUCUCGCAGUGCCGUUAGCAACAACCGUAGCGCUCACGGCUCCAUCGCUGUCAAGGGCGCAAAGGGGAACGGUACGGCGGUCGCUGAGUCGGUACACCCCAUCACGGCUGCCCUGCAGCAACAGAACGACAUACUCAAGCCGUGGCCAGCUGCGAGUGUAGCACUCCUGUGUGAGCUUCUCACAGCAAGCCAGCGGCGCCGGGUCCCCAUGAUGAAGAUGCACCACAUCAAUAUCUCUCAGUCAGUCGGUAUCGGCGAGUGGCCGUUGCUGCUCAGCGUACUCCUGUGGGUGGCGCACCAUCAGCCGCACACCUCACCGCGGCCGGAGAGCAUGGAGGCCGCGCAGGAAGCGCGGGCGAUAGGGUGGGCAGCCCAGCUGCUGUUGUGGACCGCGCACAGUGUCACCAUCCACUCCACCUGUACGAUGGCCGAAACCCAUCUGUGGCUCUCCUGCUUGACACCCAACACAGUGCCCGUCUUCCUGCACGUUCUCAACCACCUCUUGAUGCGCAGUCUGUCGAAGGCAGCUGAUCGCGUGACGCUUGAGCUACAAGACGCGCCGCACGGCGUUUUGGCGGCCGCCGCCCAGCAUUUUAUUGAUCGCACGAGGGAGAAGCAGCAGCUGAAGGGUAGCACCCGUGGCGUUGAGGAUGAGGGCGAGGACGAGCAGCAGGUGCAGCAGCAGCUGAGAAGGCCGAAGAAGUCAAGGGCAGAGUGUGCGAAUAAAAGCAGUGGCGAUAAUAAUAGCAGCAGCAGCAGCAAGAGCAGCUCCAACCUGUGGGGUACCCACCUGCAAGCUUCCCUUGCCGAGUUCGAGAGCGUCUUGGCCCGCGUCGUGCAGCUGUGGGAAGGGCGCGUGCGCCUCCUGGCACAGGGCGCCGCGGCCAUGACGCCGGAACUGGAUAUGCCGCGGGUGACGCAGCAGCAGUGCAUCGACGUACUGGUGCUUGCUGACCGGCAGCGGGGCUUUACAAAGACACCACUCCGCUAUGGGUCGAUAUCAGAGUCGGCACACCUUCGCACCUUUGCGUUCACUCUGCAGAGCCCUGUGCUGCCACUUCCAGAAGAAGAAGCGGCGAUGACCUUGCUGAGUCGGCUGAGCAAAGCUAUGUCCUCAGUAUUGCCGCUGGGCAAGGAAGAACAAGAUAGUACCAGAAAACAUACGCCAAUGAACUUCAGUCUUGUGGAGGAUGUCUGUGCGGCACUCGGCAUUAAGGACUCCCUUACUACCUGCAGCGAGGAGGCAACGUCGCCGACGCCGCCAUGGUUUUCGAUGAGCUCGGUCUGCUGGCAGACUACGGGGAUGCUCCUGUCUAUUACCCACAGUAGUGGCACCACGCUGUCGUCCCGUAGUCGGGGCACAGCCGAGACAGCGCGCACACUUUCCUUGAGACUUACACGAGAACUCCUGACCGACGAAGCGGCGCUAACAGCGCACCUGAGAGCCAACGCGGAUCGCGAAGGAUCGCUCACUGGCCUCCUAGUCCUCAUGCUCGCCUGUACUCGCACGCUGUUGCAGCUCACUGCACUAUCCAGCACGGGGCAGCAGAAUCCUCGCCUCUCCCUUGACGAGUGUGCAGCGCUAGGGCGCGUGUGCCUUGACGUGUACAAUGGCACUCUUGGGGUGCAGGAUCGACUUCUCUACGCUAUUUGCCUGACGCUUCACUACCUGAGCGCUACGCGCGACGUCGCGCACCCCGCUGCCGCUGCUGCUGCUGCUGGUGCUGCCACUGCGACCAUGGAGGAACGCGACGAUGAGGCUGCAGCGAGGCAACAAGGAAAGAAGCACAGGGCAGCAGCAGCCAAGCAUCUCUCACCUCACCAUCACGAAGGUGCCGAGGUGCCGGACGCGCUCGUGCAGCGUCGCUUCCUUCUCUGCGGCCACACCGCGUGCGCCGCACGCACACCAGAGUUAGAGAUGCUCUCUUGGCACCUCGACACGCUGACGGAGGAGGACAUGACCUGCAUGGCCCUGCACGCUUCCUCACGCCUGCACAACGCCAUUCACGUUGAGGACGGCAGCAGUGCCAAUGGUGCAGCCGACUUGCUCGGUGCCGUCUUUCCUGAGCUGCGGUCCGCCGGAGACGCGCACGUAGCCGACCUCGAGCGGCUGUCGAUGGGCAAUGUGUUGGACCUGCGCUACAUAGUGCCUCUGCUGCACCGUGUGGCUGCCAUGCCCGCGAUUUUUUGGGUUCACUUGUCAACAGGACGAGUGAUACCAUUGCUGCUGAAAGCGCUCACAUCCAUUGACGCACAGCUCCGCUCCGCCGCGGCCGCAGCACUAAGCACACUGUAUAUACCGAAAGGAGCCCUGCGAGUGGUGGUGAGCGUCGCGCGUAUGAAGCUGACCCAGGCGCAGAUGACUCCCUCCUCCCACGGCACAGGGAGACAGUCGCACCAGCUUCCGCAGCCACACCACGCAUCGUCAGCCGCUGCAGUGCCGCGUCUUCCCACACCUCUGGCAACUAUGCUGAUCAUGUCGAUCCGCCCGCUGGGUCACUACGAUGACAUACUGCACCACCACCUUGUGCACUUCUUGAUGAAACUCGAAUCGGCCCUCGACACCCCACUGCCCUUCGCUCACUGGGCCAUCACCCCUCCCCUUGCGGCCAUCAGCGUCCCGCUCAUGCUGGAGCGCCAGGAGGCUCUACAGCUGCAUACCAACAAGCUCGGCGGUGGCAGUGACAAGCGCAGCGGAGAUGUCACGCAGGCAUCUGCGGCCGAUGUGGCACAGAAGCUACGCAAGGAAAUUCCACCGCAGCUCGCAUUUCUCCUGCAGCUGCUCCGGCACGCGUGUGAGGUGCCGGAGGACGGCGCCGCGGUAAUCGAGUCGAAUGGACUAGAUGGACUGAUGCUGCUGUGCGAUAUGCUGACGGCCUCCGAUGGGCAGCGAGCGCUGUAUGUGCAGUGCCUCCUUGUCCUCUGCACGCAGUCCGCUGCCCUGACGCACAUGUUCACGCGCAGCGGCCAUGUGCUGGCUUGGACGGUCUCCUUCCUCUGGCAGUUGUGCCGCGAGUACGGCAAGUCGACCCCGCAUCCGUACAGCGGUCCAACCUUCACGACUGCACUCGAGCUGCUGCGCGUGAUAUGUGCCGCCACCGUGCAGUCAACAACGUCGUUCGUAGACACGCUUGGCCUCGGUGGCGCAGUAGCAGAGCAACUACCGGAAAGCGUGCGACAGCUUCGUGCGUGGGUGGUCGAUGCGCGCGUGACGGCUCGCGACGUCCUCGAUGUCUUCGAUGAAAUAAUUGCCCGCUGCAGCGACCCCGUCCACGGUCAGCACAGCAGCGCCGCCAAAGUGGAUGACACUAACAGCACCGAAGGGGCUGCAAAGGCCAAAGAAACACGCGCGUCAUCACUGGAGCCACCCUCACAGUCGUCGCCUUUGCCGUCCUUUGAAAAGCGUCGUCGUGACGCAGCAUCGUGGCACAGAAAGUGUAAUCCCCCGAAGCGGAUGCGCGCCGAGAGCACCACCUAA